UCCCCUCCACCCCUCAUCCCCUGCCUCCCGCUCCCCUCCCCCCUGAAGACCCUCCUCCCUUUGGGCGGCGUGGGGGGCUCCCAGCUUCGGGCUCUCCGGCCCCCCGCCCUGGACCGAGUCCGGAGCACCUUGAGGAAGGGAGUCCGGGCUGGGCCGGCUGGGGAAGACGCCCGGGGCAUUGCCCAGCGCUAACAAAGGGAGCCAGCUGCCGGCUGGCCGGGGUGUGUGCAGGCGGAGCAGCGGCAGCUUCCACGCCGCCAGCGCGCCGACCAAGGCAGAGCCCACUGGGCACCUCCUCAACCAGCAGCCCAGUGGAAAGCAGCUAUGGGUCCCAGCUGAAGUGAGCGGGCCUCCUUGACCCUGACCCAGCCCUCGUGCCACAUCUCUGUCCCAGCGCUGAGAUGUUUGUUCAUCAUUCUGAGAAAAAUGAGCCUUGGCCUCCAGACCUAAUAAAGCACAUAUCCCUCCCAUGAAGAAUAGUGCUAGAUCCUGAGGACCUGGAUCUCCUGCAGUCCCCAGGGAUUACCCAGAGCAGGCUUGUUUUCCUGCUCAGUACAGAGUGGCUCCCUUGAAUGUAUCCUUCAUUAUGAUUCACACCAACUUGAAGAAAAAAUUCAGUUACUGUGUGCUAGUCUUUCUCCUGUUUGCAGUCAUCUGUAUGUGGAAGGAGAAGAAGAAAGGAAGUUACGAUGAUUCCCUUAAAUUGCAAACCAAGGAAUUCCAGAUGAUAAGGGGUCUGGGAAAACUUGCCAUGUGGUCUGGUUCCCAACCUGCACUUUCAAGCAAAACUCAGGACUCCUACAGGGGCAACCAGGCCCUUGACAGUCCUAAGAAUCCAGUCAAGAUCUUUCAGGUGUGGAACAAAGACAGCUCUUCCAAAAACAUUGUUCCCAGGCUGCGGAAGAUCUGGAGGAAUUAUAUGAACAUGAACAAGUACAAUGUGUCCUACAAGGGACCAGGUCCUGGUGUCAAGCUCAGCGUAGAAGCUCUGCGCUGCCACCUUCGGGACCAAGUGAACGUAUCCAUGGUAGAGGCCACAGAUUUUCCCUUCAAUACUUCUGAAUGGGAGGGUUUCCUGCCCAAGGAGAACAUUAGGACCAAGGCUGGGCCAUGGGGCAGGUGUGCUGUCGUCUCAUCAGCGGGAUCUCUGAAGUCCUCUCAACUGGGCAAAGAAAUAGAUGAUCAUGAUGCAGUCCUGAGGCUUAAUGGGGCACCCACAGCCAACUUUCAACAGGAUGUGGGCAUGAAAACUACCAUUCGCCUGAUGAACUCUCAGUUGAUCACCACGGAUCCAAACUUCCUCAAAGACAGUUUGUACAAUGAGGGAAUCCUAAUUAUGUGGGACCCAUCUGUUUACCAUGCAGAUAUCCCCAAGUGGUACAAGAAUCCUGACUACAGAUUCUUUGAAAACUACAAGAGCUAUCGUAAACUGCAUCCUGAUCAGCCCUUUUACAUCCUCAGACCCCAGAUGCCCUGGGAACUGUGGGACAUCAUUCAAGAAAUUUCCCCAGAGGAGAUUCAGCCAAACCCCCCAUCCUCUGGGAUGCUCGGCAUCAUCAUCAUGAUGACGCUGUGUGACCAGGUGGAUAUUUACGAGUUCUUGCCAUCCAAGCGCAAGACCGAUGUGUGCCACUACUACCAGAAGUUCUUCGACAGCGCCUGCACGAUGGGCGCCUACCACCCGCUCCUCUUUGAGAAGAAUAUGGUGAAGUACCUCAACCAGGGCGUGGAUGAAGACAUUUACCUGUUUGGAAAAGCCACACUGCCUGGCUUCCGGAGCAUUCACUGCUAAACAUGGGCUCCCUGGCCAGGUGCCCUCACCCUUCUCCAUUGGGCAUUUUAUAGCUAAUCUCUUGGCCACCCUUGGCCUGGGACCAUGUUCCCAAACAGCCCCUGCCUGCUCCUUGCACUCUAGGCCUUCCAUUGGCAAGGGCUCUGGGGUUUCAGGGAACCAUGGACGAGGAACCAGGCCCAGCCUGCCCUAUAGCCAUAGAGGUGUGUGAGCUCAAAAUCCCCUGCCACACGUGGGCACACACACCUAGCACUCUUUCCAGACAGAGUCUUCCCCUCCUUCCACAUGGGUAAAUAUGAGACCUACCUUUCCUACCAGGGCUGCCCAAACUGAGGACUGGUUUUUUCACAAACCAGCACUCCAUGUUGCUUGAAAUCUGCACUUAGACAUUGAUUUCAUCUUUGAAAGAAAUUCUCCCAAAUUAUGAUUAUGUCUAUAGGGUGGCUCUGGGGAAGGGAGUUGUGUGUGUGUGUGUGUGGGGGGGGGGGGCAAGAAAGAGCUACAAGGUGUAGGAAACAUGCUCGAUUCCUCCUAAGGAAGUCGCUCCCAAAGUCCAUGCCCUCGGGAGAGGCAGUGUCCUAUCAUUCAGGCUGUUUGGCUGGUCCCUCAGCCUGGGUGCCAUGUGCAAAGGGUCUUGAUGAACCCACAUUUCUUUUCAUAUGGAAUUGGAGCUAUAGAAAUGUAUAGUCUACAUCCUCAAGUUGCUCACAGUUCAGUGGGAAAGACAGAUGAGUAGGAAGCGAUGAGCUCAGUGGCCUGGGGGCCUAUAGAGAGGUGGACUUGCUGUCUGUCUGUCUGUUAGUCUGUCUAUGCACCCUGAAAAGGAGGAGCACACCCUGUGUCUGUGGGUCAUAGAGGACUUCACAGAGCAGAGGCCAAGGAAUGGGUUUUAGAGAAAGAAGGGAAACAUGUCAAGCAGAUUUGACAUAACUCAAAUGUCUGAGUCAUUUGAGUUAUGUUUUCCUUUCUGCCUUUAUUACCCAUAUUUAUUCUCUACAGUCUGCCUGAACUUUCAGGCUCAAAUUAUUUUUUGAGGAAAAUCCCAAUCUAUGUGUGAGGCAGUGAGUGCAGCCCCAUGGACGAUACAAGAACAUUGCCAAAACCCUUAUUUCCCUAGGCUCAGCUUGGCCUGCCCUGAGCCUAUCCUACUAGUUGGGUUUGUAUUGUACACUGUAUCCACCACCUCUUCCUUUUUAAUGCUCACCCCAAUCCUCUAUCUAUCAACUUAUUUUCCUCUUUAAAGUGGCCCUCCCCCACCCAGAAUAAAUACUUCUAAGCAUUUUCUCCUUUAAAAGUAUCCUGACCUCAAUGUCUUUGACCUUCAUGGGCUUUCUGUGGAAGGUCUCUCAGGGAGUAGGGAUAUGGUUCCCGAGAACUUAAAGUUGCUCUCUGAGGUCAGAAUCUUAGAGACAAUAACUGAUUUUCACAAGGCCAUCAAAUGGCCUCCCCUGAUGCCACUCUAGCAAGUGGUCAGGGGCAGUCUCCCAUUUACUAGCCAUGCCACCCUGGGCAAGUUUUCCUGUCUGAGCUUCUGUUUCCACAUCUGUAAAAUGGGCAUGAUGAACCUAUUUUACAGUGCUGUUGUGAGGGUCACAUGAAACGCCUGCCCUGACUCUGUUUCUGGCACCUAAGAGGUGCUCAGUAUAUGACAGUUUUCUUCCUUCUCUAACUAAGGAAGUAUGUUCUGUGCUCACACUUGAGCAGCACCCUGCUUUGAAGGAGGCCAGAGAUGGGGUCCUAUCUUUAGGAAAUUAACUGUCCUGUCAGGAGAUAACUACUAUCCUGUUUAGAACAACCGUGAAACUAUCUGAGACAGAGAAGGGGCAGAACAUGCUCCUAUUCCUUCCUGCAGCCCAACCCUGGCCUGAAUCUGCUUGAGAAUGGGUGGAGGGAGCACUUGGGCCACUAAUUUCUGUGGAACUAGUCUUGCCUGCCUCCCAGGGCCCAUAAAUUCUUGGCUUGCUUUUCUUACUUGACUCACACAUUGCAACCUUUGAAUCAUGAACACUGAGUGCAGAGGAAUGUGUCAUUUCAUCCUCAGGAGAUAGAUGUUGGUAUGGACACUGAGACUACACUGGGUAGAUGCUAGCUUUUAGUUAUUAUUAAUAUAAGGAAUCAAAUUAAUUUAAGUGUGAUUCUGUGUUCUACAUAGAAACUCUGGUAAAAUGCACAGACUGUUGAUCUGGUGAGAUGUUUAAUAUGUGUUACAGAUAAUUGAAAACAUUGGAAUGCCCCUGUCUCUAAGGGGUUCAGUCUUUCACAGUAAUCAUAAGAUCCUCUAAUCUUUCACCAAUCAAAUACCUGUUAACAUGAUUUGGAGUUGAGGCAUCUUCUGAAAAAUGCCUAAGCUAAUUUUGAAUUAUUCAAAGCUUAUGUAAAUUUUUAAAUAAAUGUUUUUGUUUUUUAAAAAAGUUUGUCCCUCUCUUCUUAUUUGAUAAGGGAACAACUGUCACCUCUUGUCUCCAAAGAGGACAUGGCUGGAAUCCUGAAUCCCUAAAUCUGCCCCCACUAGCCUCUCUGCAGUGCUCCAGGAAAAGGAAUGGUCACUUAUGUGUUAGGAUAGCAUCUGUGAGAUACUGACUGAUUUAUUGAUUUGUCUUUCUUUUGCUUUUGCUUGGAUUCACAUGACUAAGCUGUUGUUUGUGCAGCACCUUGGAAGAAAGCAAAAUAAACGGAUGGUACUUAGCUUGGUUUCCAAUAGUCUAAAACCCUUAAAAGAAUGAUGUCCUAAGGGAAUAGCCAAAUGUUUGGAUAAAGAUCUUGAGGAGAUGCAGGAAUAAGGGGAGAAGGAAUUCCAUGGCUUUCCCUAUGGGUUGAAUAUGUCCCUUUAAAUUCAUACAUUGAAGUCUUAAUCUCCCGUGCCUCAGAAUGUGAACUUACUUGGAAGUAGAAUUAUUGCAGAGGUAACUAGUUAAAAUGAAGUCAUACUGGAGUAGGGUGAGCCUCUAAUCCAAUGUGAUUGGUGUCCUUAUAGAAAUUUGGGGAUAGACAUGCAUGUAGGGAGAUCACCAUGUGGAGACACAGGCAGAGAUAAGGUCAGAAAUUUGAUCUCAAAGACCAAGAAGGAAAUGAUAAAUGAUAAAACCCACACAUUCCAACCCACACAGGGCCUGGAAUUACAUAAAUCUUUCAAAGGGAAUUUUUAAGACUGGUUUGACAAUACUUCUCCUACAAGCCAAAGAUUGCCAGCAAAUCACCAGAAAUUGGGAAAGAGGGGCAUUUAAGAUACUCCUUCAGAGCCGUCAGCAGGAACCAAUCCUGAUGACAACUCCAUCUCAGACUUCUAGCUCCAGAUCUGUAAGAAAAUAAGUUGCUGGGUUCAAGCCACCCAGUUUGUGGUAUUUUGUUCCAGCAGCCCUAGCAAGUACUCCUGCGUAUGACUCCCCCCUAUAAUAGAGUCCUCUGGGUCUGGAAAGGAGAGUGAAAAGGUUUUGGCUGUCUGAAGGCCUAGAAAGAGGAUCCUGUGUCCAGCUCCCCAGCCAAAGUUCUGGGAAUGAACUCCUUGGAGAAUGUGGCUUC